AUGCAGCAAGCUUCAAACCAAAGCGGUCAUGAGGCAUUUUUGUGGCACAAGGAUGGUUACCUGGCUUAUGGCACUGUCAUGUUCUGCAUCCUAACCAUUGGUUUUGUUGGCAAUGGUUUAACUCUUAUUGUUUUGCACCAAAGAGAACAUCGUAACCGUGGCGUAAACUCUCUGAUGAUGAAUCUAGCCUUGGCGGACAUUUUCAUCGUCGCUUUAGGUUACCCGAUAGCAAUUCAAGCCAACCUUAGGGGGAAGUCUCUGGACAGGUCUCGAUGCAUCUGGUCUGCCUUUGUAAACGGUACCGUGGGUAUAGCGUCCAUCGCAACUCUAACCGAAAUGGUUUUCGUUCCGUAUUAUGGCCUGAGGCAAGUCAACUCUGAUACUAGACUAUCGGUGGGACAAAUCGUAUGUAUGAUCGCUAGCGCCUGGUUGUAUGGGGGUCUUUGUAUGGCUCCACCUCUUUUGGGCUGGAAUAGAUUCGUUCUUGCUGCCUCUAAAGUGAGUUGCUGUCCUGACUGGGCAGGAAGAUCAGCUUCGGACAUAGCCUACAGUCUUCUCCUUGUUGUCUUAGGAUUUUUUCUUCCGCUUACUGUCAUGGUCCUGUACUACUACAAAAUUUACCGGUAACUUGAAUUUUUGUGUUCAUGGGUAAGGUAAUUCACUCUCACAAUGCCUCCUUCUCCCUGGGGAACAUGGAUGAUUAUAAGUGCACUUUCGAGGAAACUUGACUUAACAGUAAGGGCGGGGCUUACCUGCUGUCGGUAACAUCCUGUCCGGGCGGAAUAGCAAUGCUCCUAACGCUGAUUCAUGCUACAGAAAUAGCGAUUCGCUCUGGUCAAACAAACUUGAAAUACUCAGCUGAAAGUAGCUCCUUUAUUUUUGAGCCAUUUAAAUACAUAUAACUCGCUGAGAGUGGAGGCGCGGUUGCCUCAUGGUUAGUGCGCUCGACUUCAGAUGGAGUGGUCCGGGUUCGAGCCCUGGCCAGGGUCAUUGUGUUGUGUUCUUAGGCAAGACACUUUACUCUCACAGUGCUUCUCUUCACCCAGGUGUACAAAUGGGUACCAGCAAAUACGCUGGGGGUAACCUUGCGAUGGACUAGCAUCCCAUCCAGAGGGGAGUAGCAAUACUCCUAGCCGCUUCAUGCCAAGGAAACCAGAGUUAAGCGCCGGCCCCAUGGGCCAAUUGGGCCUGUAUAAAGGCUUUACUUUACCUCGCUGAGGGUUUGGUAAUCUCUUUAAAGAGAUUUAAGUGUACAUCGUUUCUAAUUUUCUCAUCUGUCUAAGAGAUUAAUGCACUCACCUUUUGCAUAAUCCUUCUUAACUUCAGACGAGUAAAAGUUUGUAAUAUCUUAUUUGAUAACUUUUGAUAGUUUGGGGACUUACGAGACCUAUGCCUUGUUCCCCUCUUCUGGUUGAAACUGGGUGAUUGUUACAUGAUAAUCUUAUUAAUAUACCCUCUGCUAACAAAUACUGAGCUUUCUGCCUAAAAUGUGAUUAACUAUUGAUUUUUCUAGAUAGGAUCUAGGUGAGGGAUCUCAAUGUGGUUUAACCGUUAGCCGUAAAAAUGCUGAAAAAUUAAUCUUAAGGCAUGACGAAACCGAAAAAUCUAGCAGUGAACCAUGAAACUCUUUAAACAGCCGUAAAACGGCGCAAAACCAAACCUUAAAGCGCGUAAAGCCACAAAAUUUAAAAGUUAGCUGUAAGCGCCACUACUUAAGAGAUUAUAAGCUGUUUAUAAUUUCUCACCACCGCCCCAUUGAUACCCUCAGAUAAUAAUUCAUAGGGAUAAGCAUUUUACAAUCUCAAACUCUCAAUAACCUCUCUUCCUAUAGACUUGUUCAUCAAGCAAUUGUGCCAGGAAACAUCGCAGUGCAAAUGAGACGACGGUAUUCCAAACUAAAGAUAGUGCGCAUGACAGCGUUAUCUGUGGUCAUUUUUGUGCUAAGCUGGUCGCCGUAUUGUUUAGUCAGCCUCUUUGCAGUGUUCACCGGGAGGCAUGUAAUAACAUCCGGAGAGGCGGAAAUUCCCGAGUUGCUGGCCAAAGCGUCUGUCAUCUACAACCCUAUUGUGUAUACCAUCAAGAAUCGAAGAUUUCGAACAACGCUGCUUCGUAUCUUUCACGUAAGGCGGGUUAGAAACAAAGUGCAUUCGUUAACGAAUCAGUCGCGAAGUAGAGAUAUCCUUCAAAAUAGCAUGCGUUGCUAUGGAAGCAAAACGAGUAAAGGCCACAACCCUAUACACAUCAUGAAGUUAAUUCCGCGAGGUCCUCUUGCAGAACGGGUCGAGCAUCUACAUCCUCCAGGAGUUUAAUUCGAGGCGCUAGAAUCUUGAGAGCUGAUUUCGAUAUAUUAAAUGGGUGCAGAGAAGCCGUGUAUAGAUUUAACAGAUAGAUUCCAAGUUGCCGUGCGUCUGUUCGGUAAUAGAUCACGGAUGACGUCAAAAUGUGGUAAGAACAAAAAAGAGGCACAUGAGGCACAGCCAAGUGUGUUACUGAUGUUCUUACCACAUUUUGACGUUCUGUGAUCUAUUACUGAACAGACGCACGGCAACUUGGAAUCUAUUUGCUUUAUAUAAUAAAGAAUUAAAAAAAGUUUUAAUAGUGACGUCAUCUAUACGUCUGUCCUCCAAUAGAUCAUAAGUGAGAACCAAUCAGAAUGCGUGCAUAACUGAGCUUAUUAUGUAAAUUAAUAUGGACUGGUAACUAACUCUAUAGCUUGGCAGCUUUUCAGCUUGUAUGCUCACUUAAAAUAAAACAGAAAGAUUUUUAGCGGUCUACGAUCUAAAUUCGCAACUAUAAUCAGAGUAGCUUUGGUUCCGUCAUCAUUUAAUAACAGUGUUCUUGGUUUCAAUUGUAUCUUUAAGUUAUUCGCUCCUAUAUGAGUGUAUUCUACUACUUUAUUUAUUAAAUAUCAACUUUGAGAGAGAAUGUGAAGUGCCUUUUGAUUUUAGCUGACUCUUUAUUCAAUGAAUACUCUAAGAGUCUCUUUUUUCUAUUUCUUACCGGUUGAUAGAUGCGUUAGGAAUGAAGGAUUUUUCGAAAGUAAUUUGUCGAAGCGUUUGCUGGCGCAACAAAAGCGUGUUUGUUAAACAAUAUGGAAUAUUUUUUAUUCUUUUCUUAAAUAAUAGUCAUGUUUCGCUUUCUCAUUUGUUUCUCAAUAGUACAUUUAGGUACUUUAAAUCAAGAAAUUUUUGCAUUUUCGUUCCAUUGGGAUUAUCGAUUCACUUGACUCCAACAUCCAUUAAGAAUCCAUUUCUUUUCAUUUACAAAAUCUAUUUGGUUUAUUUUCAUUCCUCUUCUCGUCAAAUAGCGUUCAGUUCCUUUAUUUACCUCAUAUGUAUCUAUUUAUUUACCGAUUUGUGUAUUUCUUUUUGUGGACUAUCAUCUGUUUUGCAUCAUUUAGUAAUAUUCAAAUCUUCGGAUUUUUCAUGCGCUCCAAGAUUACCAUAAUAAUUGACAACACGAUCACCCACAAACCCACUUCAUGCCAUGCAAAUGAACACCAUAUUAUGAACAGCAUUUGCUUCAGAGCAUGAGCUGAAACACUCUCGAAAUCUCAAAAACAAGAUUUAUGAAAUAUCAUAAAGCAACGUAAGUAGUGGUUACAUAGAAGACUACUUUGAAAACAAAGAAUGGCCAACGGAUUGUACGGAACUAACUUGAAUUAGCGCCAUGUUAUCUGAUCUAUGACCGGAUUUUCUUGAUACUUCAAUACGUCAACAAAUGUCCGGCCAAACUCAAUUAAGCGACUUUGAUAAAAUACAGUGGUGUUAAACACAUGUCCUCUCGUAAAUUACGUUAGAAAAAUCCAAGUUCUUAAAUCAACUGCAUUCAGUUUUACAUAAUAAGGUAAGUUUAAGGUUGUAUCCAUAUCUAGUUUUUGCUGUUUCUAAUUUAAAAUUAUAUCUAAAGCAAGCAGACUGUUUCGUGUUUUACAGGCAAACAUGAUGGUAUGAACAAGUGAUACACAGCAUUAAAACUUCCCACUCAUAAACUUUUAUGGUUGUAGAGAAGGAGUUAUAUUUACAUUCCCCUGUUAUUUAUCAAACUUGACUUAAAACAAAUGGCUGAUUGCUGUCCUGUCGGUUUUUUGCAUGAAUGAUUUGAUUAGAGUUUUUUUUUUUUUACCACAAAACAGAAAGUUCGUGUUCAGGUUAUUUGAUUAGAGCGAUAGGUUUGUGCGCUUCUGCGACGUGUUAAAGGAGACGAAAACAAGAUACUGAGCGCUAGACACGGAAGAAGAAAAAUCUUAUUACAUGCCCAGUAGGUAAGUUAUAAACGUCUGGUGAAGUUUCGGCUUCUUCAGUUUGUGAUGGUUUUGCCGUGACUACUUUUCGCUCCUUUUUAAUUUCUCGUUGUCAAAAACGCGUGAAAAAAUUUCUUAAAAAAUGCCCUUUUAUUAUAGAUGCUAAAUUUUAUCCCUAUCGUUUUAAGCUGUGAAGGUAAACUUUGAGCAAAUGUCAGCAAAUAACAAAAGUUUUCAAUCAUGCAUUUGUCACUAGCGUGUGACAAAGAAAAAGUCUGAAUCGUGCCUCAGAACUUCAGUCGGACAUUGGGGCCGGUCAGUCUCUUCACUUCUCGUAUGGGCCAUUAACUACUUUCACUUGCUUUUCAGACCACUUGGUCAUACUUAUCAUUUUAUUUUCGAUAUGAAGUACUCUCGAGUUAUUGUCCCGCUAAACACUUACCGAACUAAACGGCAUUUUUAAAAACAUUCAACAAGCCCUUCGUGGAACGUUUGUGAAGGAACAUCAAUAACAUUUCAGCUGCUUUCUUUAAAUGUUUCCGAUGAAAAGCUAUUUAUUUGAUUUAUGAUGAAGCUUUUGGCAGAGAGAAAAAUUUACCGCUGAUUCUAUGUCCGCCGUCUGGUUCUAAUCCUUAAAAAACACUUUUUUCAUCAAUAAAUGCAAAUAUAAUUUCUUCAGUAUAUACCACCGACUGAUAAGUGACAGACGGCAUAAGCUGCUUGCUUUGGCGUACUUAGUAUUUGUGGUUUAAAAAUGUAUUUGCUAAUCCUAACUUUAAGCUACCAAACGAGGAGUCUAUUCUCUCUCCUGAGAUAAGCAAUUACAGCAAUUUAUUUACCGGAGCUAUUUUUAUGAACAAACAUAGUUUUCGUGUAGAUGAGACUGUGAAUGAAGCGUUUGAAUUCGGUGGCGAAUAAACAUGUGGCGAGUUUUUUUAAUUUUCUUUUAAUUUUCUGUUUAGUUUGACGGUGAAAAAUUGAAUUGAGACCUUAAAAUCUAGCGCCAUAACACUAGGUACAAAUCCACCACUUGUCAAUAACUCAUAACGAAUAUCAGUCAGAGAUUAAAUACUGUGAAGCUGACAUGAAUAUAAAAACCUUAUCUUCGUAUCUCCCAGCAGUAGGUUUUCUGCACGCAAACAAUAUAAAAAGAUGUUUACUACAUUUUUUGUUAAGAUAAAACAUGUGUUUUAGCCAAUCAGAACAAGUUUAAAACCUAUUGUUUUCUGUUUUUUUAUCACUUAGUUUAGCCUAAAAGCUGACUUGAACUUUUAUUCAAGCAUGUUCAAACAUGCAUGAAAAAGAAGACUUCUGACACAGUCCUCCACUGUCGAGAACCUCAGGAUCGCCAGAAGUACUUUCGACUGAGUCGCUACAGAGCCUAACGGUGUUGGAAACUUUGCGAUUGAAUGCAGGGUGUCGAAAACCAAGGCAAAUAUCAAAAUAACCUCUCCUAUUUCUGCGAUAAAACAAAAAAGGUAACCAUUACAAUAAAGAAAUUCAGAGUUAAAGUUACUAAGCUUACAACCUCCAGUCUAUGGGUUUUAGGCUGGUGAUCGAAAACUUUAAGAUUUUGAUGAUUUUUAGCGAGAGACCUCUUCAAAUGAAAGAUGACUAAUGGCCUCGGUACCACCCACCAUCUGCACCGAGAUGAACAGAUGCCGACUUCGACGCUUCAGGCGCUGGAUAAUUUUAUUGGUAGAGCAACUGAUUCGUAAGAAAAGGCGUUUCACGAACCAAUCACGAUGUUCAGUUAAAUAAAACCAAUGAAAUAAAUAUGAUAUCACCUUAAACACAAAGAGAAUUGUGUAGAAGGAUUUGAAGAUGCGUCAACUCUAUCAAAGGGUUGAAACGCAAAAUACGCCAGCAAGGCCAUGCAAGUGUCAGGUUAAGCGUACGCGAGAAAUUAAGGCGCUGGAUAAUUUUAUUGGUAGAGCAACUGAUUCGUAAGAAAAGGCGUUUCACGAACCAAUCACGAUGUUCAGUUAAAUAAAACCAAUGAAAUAAAUGUGAUAUCACCUUAAACACAAAGAGAAUUGUGUAGAAGGAUUUGAAGAUGCGUCAACUCUAUCAAAGGGUUGAAACGCAAAAUACGCCAGCAAGGCCAUGCAAGUGUCAGGUUAAGCGUACGCGAGAAAUUAAGGCAUGAAACGAGGAGGGUCUACCGAUAAAAGCCAUUUGUUUUUUUAGAAACUAAUUAGCGCUUUGCAUUUUUAUCUAGUUUUGAGGUCGAAACAUGGAGCGAGCUUCAAACCAAAGCAGUCAAGAGAUAUUUGUAUGGCAUAAGGAUGGCUACCUGGCCUAUGGCAUUGUCAUGUUCUGUAUCUUAACCAUUGGUUUUGUUGGCAAUAUUUUAGCUCUUCUUGUACUGUACCAAAGAGAACAUCGAAACCGAGUUAUAACCCCCCUGAUGGUCAACCUCGCGUUGGCAGAUAUCUUUAUAAUCGUGUUUGGAUAUCCGAUGGCAAUCCAAACUAAUCUCCGGGGGAAGCUUCUGGAUAGCAAAACUUGUGUUUGGUCUGGAUUCGUAAACGGUGCUGUUGGUAUAUCGUCUAUUAUCACACUUACUGAAAUGGUUCUAGUAUCCUACGUCGGUUUGAAGCAUGUACGCCCUACUGAACGACUGACAGGGCCGCAAAUCGUAUGUUUGAUUUCCAUGGCAUGGAUUUACGGAAGUCUCUGCAUGCUUCCUCCUCUGUUAGGGUGGAAUCGGUUUGUUCUUAACGCUUCUAAAAUAAGUUGCUGUCCUGACUGGACGGGGAAGUCAGUUGCAGAUACAACUUACAAUAUCUUCCUGGUUACGAUGGGUUUCUUCAUUCCUCUUACCGUCAUGGCAGCCUGUUACUACAGAAUUUACAGGUAAAUCAGAACGUCUUUUUCCCCUAUAUUUUCUCUAUUAAGCUCAUUUUUUUGAUGACUACUCUAUUUUGGCACUCAGUCAUUGACUCCUGUAGCCAUUACUUGUGUUUUUGUACAGCUGGCAGUGCCCGUGGGCACCAUAAAGCGAACCUAAUAAUUUUAGGAGCCGGAAUGUCGGCGAUAGGUUCACAAAAAGCGGGAAAAGAUAGUCAAAACAAGGGAAACAUAAAUGAAUCUCACGGGGUUUUGUAUCAUAAACACUACUGGCUUUCUUUCACGGCUCUCAAAAUAAAAAUUUCAUUCUUUAUUCUUCUUUAAGUGAAAUAUUUUUGCUCUAUAAUAAGCUUUCUCGGUCAAGGUGGCAGAAUAUUAACCCGCUUUUUUUUGCCUCUCGGUCCAGAAAAACGCAAAAUAAGAACUCAGCCAAUAUCCAGCCAUCUUGACCUCACGCUUGGUCAAUGACGCACAUAAAUAUUACUUUAGUUAUAGAGAUGACAGUAACUUGAUCAUGCUUGCGACACGUGAUAUUCUCGUCGUAAACUGCAAGGAGUUGAUAGUAUUGCUUUAUAGAGGCAAAAGAGUCAUAAAUUGUCUUGCACCGCUAAAUAAAUAAGAUGUUUCCAGAUAUAUGCGAUCAGAAUUCUGGCUUAAUUUCGAAUAAGAGUUGUUGUGGAAGGCGCUUUCUUGAGAUAUGGUAUGAAGGGAUUCUUUUCGUGGGUAUACUGGUGUAAAUUGUAAAAUGUUUUUCUACUUUUUCAGGAUUGUUCAUCAAGCCAUUGUUCCAGGAAAUAUUGCAGUGCAACUGAGACAACGGAACUCCGAACUUAAAAUAGUGCGCAUGACAGCAAUAGCCGUGACUGCUUUCGUACUCAGUUGGUCCCCUUAUUGUUUCGUCAGCCUCAUUGCAGUAUUUACCCAUAGACCUGUUUUAGCAUCAGGGGAAGCGGAGGUUCCCGAGUUGUUAGCCAAAGCAUCCGUGAUCUACAACCCCAUCGUGUAUACUAUCAUGAACAGUAGAUUUCGAGCAACACUUCUAAAAGUGCUGCGCUUGCGCAGGCGUCAAACUCCAGAUAACCGCAUCGUAGUAUUUCCAGCUCGUGAACGAAGUCGAAACGAUCUUUUAAAUCACGACAAUGUGGAAACAGAUAAGAAUAAAAAAGAGGUUUACAAAGGACAAAAACACCUACAAGUAACUUCCACUUUUGAAACAAGAGUUCAAAAAACUUUCAUUGUUGAACAAAUAUAG